AUGGAGCCGGAGCGGCCGGUGCCCAGCGAGGUGCACAUGAGCCAGGCCAUCCAGCCCACGCACGCCAACCUCCGGGGCGAGCUGAGCGCCGGGCAGCUGCUCAAGUGGAUCGACGCCACCGCCUGCCUGGCGGCUGAAAAACAUGCUGGGGUUUCCUGUGUUACAGCCUCAGUGGAUGACAUACAAUUUAAGGAGACAGCUAGAGUUGGACAAGUUAUAACCAUCAAAGCAAAAGUUACUAGAGCAUUCAGCACAAGCAUGGAGAUCAGCAUCAAGGUCACAGUUCAGGACAUGUUCACUGGCAUUGAGAAACUUAUUAGUGUGGCUUUCUCUACAUUUGUAGCCAAACCAGUUGGAAAAAAAAAGAUUCAUUUAAAACCAGUCACCCUUCUAACUGAACAAGAUCAUGUGGAACAUAAUCUGGCUUCUGAGAGAAGGAAAGUUCGAUUACAACAUGAAGAUACCUUUAAAAACUUGAUGAUGGAAAGUGGCAAGUUUGAUGAUCCCAUUUGCGAUGGAGAGGAAGGAACGGUUUCCACGAGGGGCACCUCUGUGCAGAGCAUUGAACUUGUCCUCCCACCCCAUGCAAACCAUCAUGGAAAUACAUUUGGUGGCCAGAUUAUGGCUUGGAUGGAGACAGUGGCUACUAUUUCUGCAAGUCGCCUGUGUCGAGCACAUCCCCUUCUGAAGUCCGUGGACAUGUUUAAGUUCCGGGGACCAUCUACAGUUGGAGAUCGUCUUGUCUUCAAUGCCAUUGUCAACAAUACAUUUCAGACCCGUGUCGAAGUGGGAGUGCGCGUGGAGGCCUUUGACUGCCAGGAGUGGUCUGAGGGCCGGGGCCGUCAUAUCAACAGUGCUUUUCUCAUUUAUAAUGCUGUCGAUGAUAAGGAAGAACUGAUCACAUUUCCCAGAAUCAAACCCAUGUCAAAGGAUGAUUUUAGACGAUAUCGUGGAGCUCUUGCACGCAAGAGAAUUCGUCUAGGCAGAAAAUACGUUACUUCCCACAAAGAAGAGGCUCCACUUUGCAUACACUGGGAUACUGGCAACCAGGUAUCCUUGAGUAACAGCAAUGUGGAGGCUCUCAAAAGCCUGGCGGCCAAAAGUGGUUGGGAGGUUACCAGUGCUGUGGAAAAGAUAAAAAUAUAUACUCUGGAAGAGCAAGAUAUUUUAUCUAUUUCAGUUGAAAAGCAUGUGGAAAGACCAGCACACUUGGCUUAUCAUCUCUUGUCGGACUUUACCAAGCGACCUUUGUGGGACCCCCACUGCAUGUCCUGUGAAGUCAUAGACUGGGUAAGUGAAGAUGAUCAGAUAUAUUAUAUCACUUGUCCUGUGGUGAAUGAUGACAAACCCAAAGACUUGGUAGUACUUGUUUCACGCAGAAGGCCUCUCAAAGAUGGUCACACUUACACGGUGGCAGUGCGGUCAAUUAUUCUGCCAUCAGUCCCACCUUCUCCGCGGUAUGUCAGAAGUGAGAUCACAUGUGCCGGAUUUCUCAUCCGUGCUAUUGACAGCAGUUCAUGUACCGUAUCUUACUUUAACCAGAUUUCUGCUAGCAUCCUUCCUUACUUUGCUGGAAAUCUCGGUGGCUGGUCAAAAUCCAUUGAAGAGACAGCAGCCUCCUGUAUACAAUUCAUAGAGGACACUACUGAUGAUGGGUUGAUAAGCCUAUUUUAAAUGAUAAACUUUAAACUGUCUGUCAUUUUAUUUUCCACUUUCAAUUCCAAGCCCCCUUAGCCCUGACACUUGACAAGCUUCCGGGCCACAAAUAAUUUACUAUCGAUUGAAGCAAAAUGCAGUUAUA